AUGGACACGGACGCAUCGGGUUCUUCUCGUCCGGACACUCAAACCGCAGUACUCGAGCCGCCAGGUUCGAAUUAUCUACAAAUUUCUUCUUAUUUUGACGAUUCCAUCACGGGAUACGCCCCUUCAUCCUAUCGCCAGCAGUCUCCGUCUCUCGAUCUAUGUGGAUUUUCCUGCGACUCUAACGACGUCCAGCGCGCCAACGGGAUUAUUGAUUUACGACAAAGCUCGGGAUACACAACUAGUCAGAAAGGCUUCUGUACCAAUCCUUCCUGUAUCCUGCCUUCACCGCCACUUACCGGCUCUGAUCUCAAACGUACGGUUCCGUUGCCGCACGUUCACACCUUCACGGCGCCACACCAUCACGCCCGCUUCAGCCACACCAAUUGUUCCUCGAACAUGCACCCGAACGACUACGCGCAUUACGCACCUCCGUCUCCUCCGUUGACCAUCCCGCUGGGCAGCCAGUCUCUGCCCGAUACCGGUGACCACCUCGUAUCGAACUCUGCUUUCAGCCAGCCGUCGUCUUCACGUGCCUCUUCUGUUCUGGAGCGCCAGUCAACUCUGGACUCUCCAGAGCUGCUCACGCCUGUUUCCCCCGCGUGGCACUUCCCUUCGUCAUCCAAGUCGGAAUUGGGCAGCAUACUGCAGGAUCCGCUAGAGUUCGAGUCUGAGCCCCAGGCUUUUGUGCAUGACCUGCGUUCACCACCAAUGCAACCUGAUUCUCUCCCGCCGUUCGAGGAUUUCCCUGGACAGAGCGAGUCGUGGGAGGCAAGGAGGUUGCGCCAGCCGGAGCUCCAUUCGUUCCCGGGCUGGUCAAAUAGUGGUGAUGCGUUCGAAUCAGAUUCAGAACUCGAUGAAGAACUAUUACGUCCUCCAGAGUCCCCUCGACCUCGAUCCAUGUCCAUGGAUCUUCCUCCUGACGAUUUUCCAUACGGGCCACACCACACGUCUUCUGAGCUAUGCUUCAAUUCGAGUUUACACGGUCAAUCAAGUACGGGCAGAGACCCGCUAUCGUUGUCUAUCGACAGUCUAUACUCGAGCGACAGGGAAGUGCACCCGCCUCCUUCUGCCAGAAGUCCGGUGUUACGUCUCCGUGCAUGUCUGGACUCGGACGAGUCAUUCUCCAGCAUGGAAUCCGUAAUGCCUACGGAAGAAAAUGAAUACACCUCUUCCCUAACACUUCCCCCUAUGCCUUCCCCGCUUCCGCCAUCAUCGUCAUCAGACUUUGAUCUCCCCUUGUGCUCGCCUUCACCUUCGAGGAGAUCUUUUACCUCCCUUCCCGAUCCAGAUCUGGAGUCGGACAAUCCCUAUUGCCCCACACCAUUAGCAUCGUUAGACUCCCCCUCAAGGAGGAGCUUCACGGCUCUCCCAGAGUUCGAUAACGCAGAUGAAUUUGGUACCGCGCCUUUCUAUUCCGUUCCCGAACCGCAGUCGCAACCGCAGUGGGCGUCGCCGCGACAAACGCUGCUGUCUCUCCCGGGAGUCGACACGGAUGAAGAGCUCUUCCCGCCCAUCGAACCCGACACCCAGGGAGAGUCGGAGACGCUCAUGCAGAACGACAACGGUCUCCUCCUCCACCACCCAGCAGACGGCCCCUCGCGCGACGACGAAGCGGAAGUGCUCGCAUCUAUACCCCUCGCGCUCCGCGCCGACCCCGAGGUGCGCGCCAUUGCCUCCCUGCGCGGGCGCCUCCUUGCGUCAGAACGACACGCGCGCACGAUCGAGUCCGCGUUCGCGGGGCGCGUCGCGCAGACGGGCAAGGCGCUCCUCGCGUGCACGUACAGCAGCCGGCAGCAGCAGCAGUGCGAGGACGACUACGUUGGGUUCGACGUGAUGGCGCAGCUGCGCCGCGAGCUGAAGGACGAGAAGGACAAGCAGGGCAUCGCGAAGCGCGUAAGGAAGAAGGAGAAGGAACGCGGAAGAGAGGUGGGCGCGUUGCUUCGGUUGAAGGUGGCGCAGAUGACGGGACCGGGCGAGAUGGAUGUUGAUGAGCCUGGGCACGUGCACGUGCAUGGACAUGGACAUAAGGGCAAGCAUCGGGACUGUUGUGGGCAUGGGGGUGUCUUCACGAGUGUUCACCAGCUUGUGGCGAAGAUGGUGUUUAAGCGCCGGGAGUCGUACAGGCCGUUGACUAACAGGAGGGCGAAUCCGUUCAGGCGGAGCAGAUCGCCCCUCCCGCGCUCUGUAAUUAUUGCGGAUUUCGAGGGUGGUUUGGAGGAUUAA